CCUGCAAUACUUGUGCAGAGCCUGUCAAGCCAAACAGCCAAGCUGCAAAACCCAGUGAAAUUCAAGAAAGAUAAAUAGGAUUCGAAUAACUACCAGAAACCACUUUCAUUCCAAAAAGAAGAAGUUGACAUGGCUGGGAAGAAGAGAGAAAUUACGCUUCAGACAACAGUCUCAAACCAGGAGCAAUGGGAUGAAAUUCUAGCAAUAAAAGGACUGACUGUGGUGGAUGUGUACCAGGCCUGGUGCGGUCCCUGUAAGGCUGUGAUCAGUUUGUUUCGGAAGAUUAAGAAUGAACUCGGAGACGAACUCUUACAUUUUGCUGUGGCUGAAGCGGACAGCAUUGACUUCCUGCAAAAAUAUAGAGGGAAAUGUGAACCCACCUUUCUUUUUUAUGGAGGAGGACAGUUAGUUGGUGUUGUGAGAGGAGCGAAUGGCCCACUGCUGCAGAAGAACAUUCACAAUCAGCUAGCUGCAGAGAAGAAAGUCCUCGAACAGGGCGCUGAACGCAAAGUGAUCAAAGAUGAAGGCCUGGUGGAGCAGGAAGAGGAGGAGGUGGUGAUGAAGGAGCACGAUGAAGAGCAGGACCUGGUUACUGCCAGCAAGUCUUACACAGUGGCUAUCAUCAAACCAGACGCCGUGGCUCACGGCAAGGCAGAUGAAAUAAUAAUGAAGGUUCAAGAAACAGGCUUUGAAAUAUUAGCCCAUGAAGAGCGUAUGUUAAGUCAAGAAGAAGCACGUGAUUUCUACCGGCAUAGAAUAGAAGAGCCUAAUUUUGAAGACCUAAUCUGGUUCAUGUCCAGCGGGCCCUGUCACAUUCUAAUCAUUUCCAAACCAGAGGGCACGGGUGAUGUCAUACCAGAGUGGAGAGAGUUCAUUGGGCCAAACAAUGUGGACGUUGCUAAGCAAGAGCAACCUGAUAGCCUUCGAGCUCAUUACGGUACAGAAACUUUAUUUAAUGCAGUCCAUGGCAGUGAUAACAAGGAGCAUGCGAGCAGGGAGCUGGCUUUUUUCUUCCCCAACUUUCGAUCUUAUUCUAAAGCACAGAGUCAGGCUCAGCAAGGCAAAAGGGUGGAGCAGACCCUUGCCCUGAUCAGGCCUCACCUCUUAAGGGAGCAAAAAGACAAGGUCCUGCAAAAGAUUGCUGAGGCUGGCUUUACAGUAGCCAUGAAGAAGGAGGUUAUGCUGACAGAGCAACAAGUUUGUGAGUUUUACAAAGAGCACACAGAGCAAGACUACUUCCCAGCACUCCUUCAAAACAUGACCAGUGGACCUGUGUUAGCCCUGGCUCUUGCCAGUGAAGAUGCAGUUGAACAUUGGAGGAAUCUUCUAGGACCAAAGGAUUUAAGCAGGGCAAAAGAGGAAGCCCCUGAGAGUAUCCGAGCACAAUUUGCAGUUGAAACUUCAUCAAUAAACCAGUUGCAUGGCAGUAUCUCAUCAGAAGAAGCAGAGAAGGAACUGAAGUUCUUCUUCCCAAUGGAACACACGCUGGCAGUGAUCAAACCUGAAGCUCUGGAGGAGCACAGAGAUGAGAUUGUACGCACAAUCCAAGAAGGAGGCUUUGUUAUAUCCCAGAUGGAUGAGAAGGCACUAAGCAGGGAGAUGGCAGAAGAGUUUUACAAGGAGCAUAGAGGCAAGCCAUUCUUUGAUCCGCUGGUUGACUACAUGUCUCAGAGUUCUUCAUUGAUGAUGAUUCUCAGUAAAGAGAAUGCAGUGGAAGAAUGGAGAAACAUAAUGGGCCCAACAGACCCGGAGGUGGCAAAGGAGAUAGCACCGGAGUCUCUCCGAGCCAGGUUUGCCAGGAACAUCUUACAGAAUGCCCUGCAUGGAUCUUCAAACCAAAGCCAAGCUAUGGAGAAAAUUCAAUUUGUCUUCGGGGACAUUACAAUAGGAGCAGAUGGGAUUGUCCAAGGUGUUGAGCCAGAUUUGGAGAAAGCAGAGAGGCCAAAUUCGGGAGACAGGCCUGAAGCUCCAGAGGACUCGCACACUGAAGACCAGAGGAGCUCUUUGAAUGAAGCUCCAUCACAAGCAAUGGCAGAGGAACACCAGACCAAAGGGGAAGAGGGAGAUGCAGACAAGUGAAAGUUCGGGGAAGACGCUUGGAAAAACGGUUGGAAAGAACCAAAGUGUGGUGAAAAACCAGGGUUGGAAAGGACCUUGUCUACAUCCAUGUUGUGUUGCCUUGGGGCAUUACAGAAUACAAAGACUAAAAUUCUUCAGCAGAUGGUUGAAGCAUCAGAACAGAAUAACUAGAAGAGAAGUCACAGGAGCAUUGGAAUGUCCAUUAUUAGGAAAAGACCAUCGCAGUUGAUCUGAACAGUACUAAAGUUGAUUCUUUUUUGAAAAAAUAAUAAAUUAUCCAACACCACACUA